CAAAUCAGGAAAAUCUCAGUACCUUUAAACAUCACAGAAUUCCAUGCAUCCCUUUUACUGUUUGUAAGGAAACUCUCAGCAGUGAGUGGGUCUUAAAAACCCACCACCUGACCUACCACUGACAACUCCACCCCUUCUUCUUAUAUCCCCAUCCACUCACAGAGAUCACUUUUUUUUCCAUGACCCUGUAAUUUUUGGUAGGCACAGGAGUUUUUUGGUUUUUUAUGGGUGAGGGUUUUUGAGAUGGAUUAGUUUUGGUGCCUGAAAGCUCCAUCCCAACUUAGAUUCAGAAACACAUUUGCCCCACAGUGAAAACCCACAAAGGGAUUUGAGUUUACUGCUUAUAUUUGUUUUUUUUAAUUAAUUUUAUUGAAAAGUGGGAUCUUUUGGGUUUCUUGAGAGGUUUUAUUGGUGUAUGUUUCUGGGUUUUUCUUAAUUCUGGUUAGAGAUCUGGAAUUGUGCCUUGUUUUAGGAUAAAGAAUGCUGAAGGGGUUUCAAAGAUCUGGCUUUUCAAGAUUGCUCUUUUGAGUUCCAUCUCAGAGUGGGAUAUGAAUGAUGAAUCAGAAGAAAUUUUAAUGUGAGAUUCUGCUGUGUAUGUGUAGGCUUGUUGGUAGCUGAUAGAAUGGCCUCUGAUCUCAAAUCAGAGUUAUCCAAGGAAACUCCCAUCUUUAAUCUAAAAGUCUGGGAAGUAAUUGGAAUUGCUGUUGCAUUGUUUAUCGUUGUUAUCCUUACUGUGCUAUCAAUGUGUCUUACUUGGCGUAAGAAAUCGAGGAAAGCUCGUGACAGGAUACCCCUUAGUCAAAUCCCAACUGUCUCGAAAGAGAUUAAGGAAGUGCGGGUGGAGCAAGUAUCUGCUAGGGAGUUUGCUCCUCGUGAUGGAAUUCUUCUCACCAUUCACGACAAAUCUAGUGACAGAGAAUCCGAUAAGAUCAUGGUCCAUUUGGAUAUGGGAAAAUCAAAUAAUGGAGAAAAUAGCAGCCAGUCAGGUUCGUUUAAUCGUCUAGAAAAUGAUGGUGUCCUGUCCCAUUCUGGAGAAGAAGGGAGUUCCAGCACGGUUACUGUGUAUAAGGCUUCCUCAUCGUAUCCAAUAACUGCACCGUCUCCUCUGGUUGGCCUGCCUGAAUUCUCACAUUUGGGUUGGGGCCACUGGUUUACAUUAAGGGACCUGGAGCUUGCAACAAACCGGUUUGCAAAGGAUAAUGUCCUUGGUGAGGGUGGAUAUGGAGUUGUUUACCGGGGACAUCUCAUCAAUGGGACUCCAGUGGCCGUUAAAAGGAUCCUAAACAACCUAGGCCAAGCCGAGAAAGAAUUCAGGGUGGAAGUUGAAGCAAUUGGCCAUGUGCGCCACAAGAAUUUGGUUCGCCUCUUGGGAUACUGCGUUGAAGGGACUCAUAGGAUUUUGGUCUACGAGUAUGUCAACAAUGGAAACCUGGAGCAGUGGCUUCACGGAGCAAUGCGUCACCAUGGAUAUCUCACUUGGGAAGCCCGCAUAAAGGUUCUCCUUGGGACCGCAAAAGCUCUUGCCUAUUUACAUGAGGCCAUUGAACCAAAAGUGAUACACCGAGACAUUAAGUCAAGCAAUAUAUUGAUUGAUGAAGACUUCAAUUCCAAGGUAUCUGAUUUUGGGCUGGCCAAGCUGCUGGGUGCAGGAACUAGUCAUGUGACAACGCGUGUUAUGGGAACCUUCGGGUAUGUGGCUCCUGAAUAUGCUAAUACCGGACUUUUGAAUGAAAAGAGCGAUGUAUAUAGCUUUGGGGUUUUGCUCUUAGAAGCAAUUACUGGAAGAGACCCUGUGGACUAUGGUCGCCCUGCUCAUGAGGUAAAUCUGGUUGAUUGGCUAAAAAUGAUGGUUGGAACCAGAAGAUCCGAAGAAGUGGUAGACCCAAACAUUGAGGUGAGACCAUCGACAAGAGCCCUAAAACGAGCCCUCUUGACUGCUUUGAGGUGUGUUGAUCCAGAUUCUGAAAAAAGACCCAAGAUGAGCCAAGUUGUCCGUAUGCUUGAGUCCGAGGAAUAUCCUAUACCAAGAGAGGAUCGAAGGCACCGAAGAACUGAAGGAGGUAGUGUGGACAUUGAUUCCCAGCGUGAAAAUUCAGACACUGAUCGGAGUGACUAUCCGGGAUCAAGAUCAGAGAGCAAAGGCUACCAACGGACGUAAUAACGCAGUGAUUCGUUUAAGGAUGUCGGAAAUAUAGAAAGUGAGGGUAAUUCUUAAUUUUUUUUUUCUCUACACGUAAAUUCUUGGGUUUGUCUGUCUGAGACUCUGAGCUGAUGCUGUUAGGACAUAUGUGGUAGAAGGGAUUAAUGGGGAAGAGAGAUGAUCCUCCCUUUUCCCCCCCUCCUUUUUUCUCUUUGGUUUUAUUAUUUUUUGUAGAUGGAGAAAUGUAUUGUGUAUGGAAGUGGUGGUGUUUGUGAAGAACCCAAAACAAUAGGGGCUUUGUUAUGUACAGAGAUUUGCUCUUCAAA